UGCAAUUUGAACAUAGCCUGCAAUUCAGACAUCCACGAUGGCGAAGUCAUAUCUUGACUUGGUCAAGGAAUGCAACAAUUUCCCGUACUACGAAAAUGACCCCGCAUUCUACACAGCCAACUUGAAAAACUACCAUUCCUUUAAAGUCACCGGAUGCGACGCCAUUCUCGGAUACAUCCCUAAUGAAGUGGUGAACAAGCUACGGUUGCCCUCGAGUUGCUGGGCUGUUGAUUCCUCAAACCGAACCGUUACUCUCGUCACGGCCUCACAUGCCACCCCCACCCAGCGCAGCGCGCUGAUGGCGCAGACGCUGGCUGAGACCAUCCGUUGGGGAGAGUUUGAGAUCCUCAAAGGCUGGCGAAAUGAAAUGUAUCCCAUAUACGGCCCUGAAGGGGAGUUCUUACUUGAGAUGGAGAGAUCUGCGACUCCGCUUUUCGGGAUAGUAUCGUACGGCGUGCACCUUACAGGAUACGUGGAGGCGGAGGACGGCAGUGGACUGAAGUUAUGGAUUCCUAGACGGUCGAGGACGAAGCAGACAUUUCCGGGCAUGCUCGAUAACACCGUUGCUGGUGGGAUGAGCACGAGAGAACGACCGUCUGAGUGUGCCGUGCGUGAAGCGAUGGAGGAGGCCUCUCUCCCGGAAGACGUCGUCAAGGCCAAUGCGGUUGCAGCUGGUUGUAUCUCAUAUGUGUACAUCAGGGAUUCGCGAGCCGGGGGAGAAACAGGCUUGUUGCAACCGGAAGUGGAAUACAUUUACGACUUGAAGCUACCGGCCAAUGUUAUUCCCAAGCCAUGCGAUUCCGAGGUUGAAGAGUUUUAUCUACUUUCCAUCGAGCAAUGCAAGCAGGCGCUGGCAAACGGGGAGUUCAAGCCAAAUUGCGCCCUCGUCCUCAUCGAUUUCUUCAUCAGACACGGCAUUCUGACGCCGGAGAACGAGCCUGAUUACCUGGAGAUCAUCUCCAGAUUGCACCGUCUCCUAGAAUUCCCAACUCGCACUGCAUUCCAGUAAAUAGAUGUCGAGGAUUC